AUGAAGAAGGAGAUUAAACCAGGAGAUUUAGGUCAAAGUGAGUCCAGAGGAAGGAAGGAGGAGGAGCAGGCAAAAGGAGGAGGGCAGAGGGAAGGAGGGAGGCGGAAGAGGGAGGAUUGGGUCGCACAGGUUCGGCAGGUUUUGGAAUGCAGGAGGCGCUUUUAUCAGGUUCUGCGGGUGGGGGGGGCUGGGCAGCAGGGGGUUCUGGGUCUGGGUCUUCCUGUGUGGACCUCCUCCAUGCAGACCACCGGCUCUGGACUCUGUGUUGGGGUUCUGCAGACCCAUCCAGGUCUGGGUACAGAUGGUCUGGGUCCAGCUGGUCUGGAUCCAGGUCUGCAGAUCUACAGCGGCGGGCAGCUCCAGCACUUCAUUGACGGCUACGACGUCCAGAAGAGCAACUGGAUGCGCUACGUGAACCCGGCCGGCAGCCCGGCCCAGCAGAACCUGGUGGCCUGCCAGACGGGGCCGGACAUCUACUUCUACACCCUCCGGCCGCUGGAGCCCCGGCAGGAGCUGCUGGUCUGGUACAGCCAGGAGUUCGCCCAGAGGCUGUGCAGCCAGCCGGAGCAGCUGAGGCCGGAGCAGCUCAGACACAGUGAGUCCCCCCCCCCCCCAGUGUGGGGGCCCCCCCUCCCCCGGUGUGAGUGGUUAGGAGCCUGUGGAUGGACCUGUGGAUGGAGGGGAGCUGGUCAGGAGCCGUUCUCCUCUGGGAGGUGGCACAAUGACUCAAGCUCUCCUCUCUGA